ACUGCCGCCGCCAUUAGACCCUGCCGUUCGCCCCGGAGCGGCGUUGACUUGCUGAGGACCGGGCCGGCGCCACAGCGGCUCCACGCCUGGAGAACGAGCCGGGAAGGAGGAGAGGACUCACCGCGUUUUGUAGGGUCCGGGCCCUCUGUGGCGGGCGUGCCACCCCCCCACCUCCGGCCGCCCCCUGUGCAGCCGCCCUCAUCCCCGCAGUCGCCAAGGGCAGCGCCCGCGUCGUGGUGCCUUUUGCGCGGGGGACGCAGCGGUCCGGCCUCGCGCUGUGCGCCGAGGUCGCCAGAGCGCGCGGGGCAGAGGUGUGGCCAGCAGGGUGCCCCGGUGCUCGCCGCUGCAGCCUUGCUCGACCGGGGGGCCCCGUGAUGGCGGCGCCGCCGACCGGCCAGGCGCAGCAGGCGACCCGGGGCACCGGACGGAGGCGGACAGCUUUUCUGACAAGUGCGUGGACGGAAGUGGGGGACGCGGGUUGUUGAGGGAAGCCCGUGGCUGCUCCCCGUGGUCCUGCAGGACGCUCCACCGACCCUCAGCACGCCCGCCGCGAGGCCAGUGUCUGUGGCGUUUGCAGCUGGUUGUGCUGUGGGUCCUGAGUCUGGAGACACCUGCAGAUCCCAGAGCCCGCUGAGCACUGAGUCACUCCUGUCUAACUCUCGCAGCUGUUGCUGAAGUGGGAACUAUUACUACUGUAUUGGUCCAGAAACCAAGCCUCAGAGAAGUGAUGUCCUCUUGGUAACGCAGCUGGCAAGUGUCGGUUUCAGGAGUCUGGAUGCAAGCCACAGGAGACUGACUUAAGACCUGGACUUGUAGUCCCUUUACCCGGGAUGCAAAGCCCUCAGCAUGGGGCAGGCAGCUAGCAGGACCAGUGAGGCUCAGAUAUCUGUGACCUUUGAUGAUGUGGCCGUGACUUUUACCCAGGAGGAGUGGGGGCAGUUGGACCCGGCCCAGAGGACCCUGUACCAGGAGGUGAUGCUGGAAAACUGUGGACUUCUGGUGUCUCUGGGGUGUCCUGUUCCUAGACCUGAGCUGAUCUACCAGCUGGAGCACAGGCAGGAGCUGUGGAUGCUGAAGGGACACCUGUCUCAGAGCGCCUAUGCAGAUGUCAAGGGAAAACCCACGACUACAGAACUUCCCAGUUGUGCACCAGCCCUGUCUGGGGGGGCCUUGUUCCAGGAACUAAGACAGGGAGACCCAGGGAACUUCCAGCUGGGCCAAACCAAGGAUCAGAGUGGGUCAUCAGAAAUGCAGGAAGGACACUUGAGACCGGGCUUAGAACCCAGGAGAGAGAAGUUCCCUGAGAAAACAAGCCCUGAGCUUGAUGGUUUAGGGGCAGCUGAUGGCGCGUGUUCACAGACGGCACAGGAGCUGACCCAUCCAGGAGGUGCUGUCCAUGACCAUGACUCAUGUGGAUCAGGUAAAGAUCCCGUGAUUCAGGAAGAGGAAAAUACCUUUAAGUGCAGUGAAUGCGGGAAAACUUUUAAUAAAAAGCACCUUCUUGCUGGACAUGAGAAGAUUCACUCUGGAGUGAAGCCCUAUGAAUGCACCGAGUGUGGGAAAACAUUUAUUAAGAGCACACACCUCCUCCAGCACCACAUGAUCCACACGGGGGAGCGACCCUACGAGUGCAUGGAGUGCGGGAAGGCCUUCAACCGCAAGUCCUACCUUACCCAGCACCAGCGGAUCCACAGUGGAGAGAAGCCUUAUAAGUGCAACGAAUGUGGGAAGGCCUUCACCCACCGCUCCAAUUUCGUCUUGCAUAAGAGGAGACACACCGGCGAGAAAACCUUUGUGUGCAAAGAAUGUGGGCAAGUCUUUCGACAUAGGCCAGGAUUCCUUCGACAUCACAUCAUCCACAGUGGCGAGAAUCCCUAUGAAUGCUUCGAGUGUGGCAAGGUCUUCAAACACAAGUCCUACCUCGUGUGGCACCAGCAGACUCACACUGGGGAGAAGCCCUAUGAGUGCAGUGAGUGUGGGAAAGCCUUCUGUGAGAGUGCGGCCCUCAUUCACCACUAUGUCAUCCACACUGGGGAGAAGCCCUUUGAGUGCCUGGAGUGUGGGAAGGCCUUCAACCACAGGUCGUACCUCAAGAGGCACCAGAGGAUCCACACUGGGGAGAAGCCAUUUGUGUGCACUGAGUGUGGAAGGGCCUUCACCCACUGCUCUACUUUCAUCUUGCACAAAAGGGCCCACACCGGAGAAAAACCCUUUGAGUGCAAAGAAUGUGGGAAAGCCUUUAGCACUAGGAAAGACCUCAUUCGACACUUCAGCAUCCACACUGGGGAGAAGCCCUUCGAGUGCUCAGAGUGCGGGAAGGCCUUCAACCGCCGGUCAGGGCUCACGAGGCACCAGCGGAUUCAUAGCGGGGAGAAGCCCUACGAAUGCAUGGAGUGUGGGAAAUCCUUCUGCUGGAGCACCAACCUCAUCCGACACUCUAUCAUCCACACCGGAGAGAAGCCCUAUAAGUGCAGUGAGUGUGGAAAAGCCUUCAGUCGCAGCUCGUCCCUCACUCAGCAUCAGAGGAUUCAUACUGGGAGAAACCCUGUCCGUGUAACUGAAGUGGGAAGACCCUUCACAAGCGGGCAGUCCUCAGUCACCCUCCGAGAACUCCUUUUGGGGAAAGACUUCUUGAAUGUAACCACUGAGGAAAACCUUUUGCCAGAUGAAACAUCUACCAUGGCAUUAGAUCGGACCUACCAGAGAGAAACCCGCCAAGUAUCUUCACUGUGAGGAAAUCUUCCAUCCCAGACCAUCAGUAGUCCGGUAGAGAUGCGUUUUAGAGAUUGACCGAGCCCAGAGCCUUAUUCUGUGUCUGAGAAUUCAUCUGUGAGGGAGAGAGCAGGGUUUCUUGUGCACGAGGUAAAACCCUUAGCUGCAUGUUUCUCCUUCACUUCACUGCAGUGUUAUCUCAGGAGUUUUUAUAAAGAGAAGGUGGAGAUGUAGAAGAGCGAAUGAAACGAAAAACUUUGGGGACUUCUCUGCCCAGCUUACAGCACUUUGUCAUGGAUUCACAUGUUUACGUGGGACCAGGGCAGCGUUGCAGACGCAGUGGGCCUUGCCCCCGUGCGCAUCACGUGCACGUUCAUCGCUGCCCAGUGUCGGCAGGGUUAGCCCGUUGAAGACAGGCAGUAAAAUGAUAAAUGCACAUGUGAGAACACAUUUUAUUCCACCAGUUAAGACUCUAAAGCUUACAUUUUUAGAAAACUUUUUUAUUUGGUUUUAAACACCAAACAGACUUUUUUCAGACUUGUUCUUGGUCCAUCUGUUUAAUUUCUAUAGCUGUGUGGUAACCCUCAGAAUCGGUAACGUGCUUCCACUCUCUUUAUUUUUAUUUAAAUUGAUUUAGCUUUCCUAAUUCCUUUGACUUUUCAUAUAAAUCUUAGGAUACCAAAAAAUCUUACUUGGAUUUCUACAGGAAUUGGUUGAAAUCUGUAGCUCUGUUUAUUGAGAAUCAGCAUCAUGAACACCGUACAUGGUAUGACAUUUCAGUUGUUGAAGUCAUUCUUGAUAUUUCACUACUGUUUUAUAGUUUUUCAUCAUACAGUUUCUGUACAUUUUUGUAGAGAAUUGUAUCUAGGGGUUUUGUGUGUCUGUGUGUAUGUGUGUGUGAUCAUAAAUGGCAUUGAUUUUUACAUUUUCAUUUUUCCAUAUGAUCUUUAGUAGUAUGUAGAAAGGUAAUUGUUGGAGUGAUAUUUUGGUAUCCUGCAACCAUGGUGAACCCACAUUAUUUGUAGCCAUUUCUUUGGGUAGAAUCCUCAGGCUUUUCUGCAAAGACAUGUCAGCUGCAUAUAGAGUUUUAUUUCUUCCUUCCCAUCUAUAUAUCUUGUUACUUUGUUUUCUUACUACACUAGUUAUAGUGUAGUAAGUAACCUGAUGUUGAAUAGUAGUAAGAAAGAAUGCCCUUUACUGAUUCCUCAAAUUAGGAGGAAAAUGUUCAAGUUUUCAUCAAGUAUGAUGUUAGCUGAGGCUUUUUUUCCCUCCCCAGAUUUUUCUUAUCAAGUUUAGAAAAUUCCCAUCUGUUUUUAAUUUGCUGAGUCUUUUUUGUUAUGAAUGAGUAUUCGACUUUUUGCCUCCAUCAAAUGAUGUGAUCAUCUGAUUUUUCUUCUGUAGCCUGACUGGUUGUGAAUAUUGAACCAGUCGUGCAUCCUUGGAAUAAACCCCAUUUGGUUG